CAAACGACUUGCAGCGAGCGUCAGGAAACGCACGGGAACUUCGCACAGCGCCACCUCCAGCUCCUCCGCGGGAGCCCAAAUACGGCAACGCCUCCGCCCGCCCGCGCUCCGCCCGCCGCCGAGAUGCUUGCCCGAGCCCUGCUGCUCUGCGCCGCCCUGGCGCUCUGCCGUGCAGCAAAUCCUUGCUGUUCCAACCCAUGCCAAAACCAAGGUGUAUGUCUGAGCAUAGGAUUUCACCAGUAUAAGUGUGACUGUACCCGAACAGGAUUCUAUGGUGAAAACUGUUCAACACCUGAAUUUCUGACAAGAAUAAAGUUAUUCCUGAAACCCACUCCAAAUACAGUGCACUACAUACUUACCCACUUCAAGGGAGUCUGGAACAUUGUCAAUAACAUUCCCUUCCUGCAAAAUAUAAUUAUGAAAUAUGUGUUGACAUCCAGGUCACAUUUGAUCGAGAGCCCACCAACUUACAAUGUGGACUACGGCUAUAAAAGCUGGGAAGCCUUUUCCAAUCUCUCCUAUUAUACCAGAGCUCUUCCCCCUGUGGCUGAUGACUGCCCAACACCCAUGGGUGUGAAAGGCAAGAAAGAGCUUCCUGAUUCAAAAGAGAUUGUGGAAAAAUUUCUUCUAAGAAGAAAGUUCAUUCCUGACCCCCAAGGCACAAAUAUGAUGUUUGCAUUUUUUGCCCAACACUUCACCCAUCAAUUUUUCAAGACAGAUCAUAAGCGAGGACCAGCUUUCACCAAAGGACUGGGCCAUGGGGUGGACUUAAGUCAUGUUUAUGGUGAAACUUUGGAUAGACAGCAUAAACUGCGCCUCUUCAAGGAUGGAAAAAUGAAAUACCAGAUAAUCGAUGGGGAGGUGUAUCCUCCCACAGUCAAAGAUACUCAGGUCGAGAUGAUCUACCCACCUCAUGUUCCUGAACACCUGCGGUUUGCUGUGGGCCAGGAGGUCUUUGGUCUGGUGCCUGGUCUGAUGAUGUACGCCACAAUUUGGCUGCGGGAACACAACAGAGUGUGUGAUGUGCUUAAACAGGAGCAUCCAGAAUGGGAUGAUGAGCGGUUGUUCCAGACGAGCAGGCUAAUACUGAUAGGAGAAACCAUUAAGAUUGUGAUUGAAGACUAUGUACAACACUUGAGUGGCUAUCACUUCAAACUGAAGUUUGACCCAGAGCUGCUUUUCAACCAACAAUUCCAAUACCAAAACCGUAUUGCUGCUGAGUUUAACACACUCUACCACUGGCAUCCCCUUCUGCCUGACACCUUGCAAAUAGAUGACCAGGAGUACAAUUUCCAGCAGUUUGUCUACAACAACUCUAUAUUACUGGAACAUGGGCUUACCCAGUUCGUGGAAUCAUUCAGCAGGCAAAUUGCUGGCAGGGUUGCUGGUGGUAGGAAUGUUCCAGCUGCAGUGCAGCAAGUAGCAAAGGCCUCAAUCGACCAGAGCAGACAGAUGAAGUACCAGUCUCUUAAUGAGUAUCGCAAACGCUUUCGGCUGAAGCCCUAUACAUCGUUUGAAGAACUCACAGGAGAGAAGGAAAUGGCUGCGGGGUUAGAAGCACUUUAUGGUGAUAUUGAUGCCAUGGAGCUGUAUCCUGCCCUUCUGGUAGAAAAGCCUCGCCCUGAUGCCAUCUUUGGUGAGACCAUGGUAGAAAUGGGAGCACCAUUCUCCUUGAAAGGACUUAUGGGUAAUCCUAUAUGUUCUCCUGACUACUGGAAGCCUAGCACUUUUGGUGGAGAAGUAGGUUUUAAAAUCAUCAACACUGCCUCGAUUCAGUCUCUCAUCUGCAAUAACGUGAAGGGCUGUCCUUUUACUGCAUUCAGUGUUCAAGAUCCACAGCUCACCAAAACAGUCACCAUUAAUGCAAGCUCUUCGCACUCUGGACUGGAUGAUAUCAAUCCCACAGUACUGCUAAAAGAACGUUCAACUGAACUGUAGAAGGGUAUUAAUCCUAUUUAUUUAUUUAUAUGGACUAUUUCUUUUAACUUAAUUAUUUAAUAUUUAUGUUAAACUCCUUAUGUUACUUAACAUCUUCUGUUAAGGAGAAAGGGGUCAUACUUGUGAAGAUUUUCAUGUCACUGCUUUAAAGAUGUCAUUCCUUCAGGUUAAAGGGGAAAACAGUUUUCAUUCUUUUUUAUAAACUGAUGGGAAAUGAGUUUGACAUCCUUUUACUUGAAUUUCAGUUUAAAUUAUUUAUAAUAACAAAAGCAAAGCUGUUUGGACAUUUAAAUGCUGGUCCAAGAUGGCAAAAUGCUGCAAGUUUUUUUUCCAGUGUAUACCCUGGGAUUUCCAGUGUAUCCUCCAUGAUGCAUUAGAAGCAACUACCUGCACCUGUUCCUUUUCUUUUCUUCUGUUAGCCAUUGUACUGGGAGAAACUCUCUUCUGAUCAGUUUACUCCUUCUAUUUUGUUUUCUUGAUUUUAAGAUCUGAGUUCAUCUUUCGGUGGACUCUAUUUUCUUUCUUAUCUUUUCCCUCUGUCUAUAUUUUCGUAUCUGAACUUUUGCAAGUUUUCAGGAAAACCUCAACUCAGGACUACUAGUAACUUAGCUCCUCUUAACAAAAAUGAAA